AUGGAUCCAGCCCAACUCGCCAGUGCCGUCACCGAGCGGGUCACCAUCCCUGUUUUGGGUGGCGUUGAGAAUUGGAAAGAGCAGCUUAAGUUCAUGCUCCAGACCCUGAGCAAGCAGCCCGGAUACCUUCGCACGCGUUGGGGACCAUGGACUGAGGACCAGCAGAAGCUUGAGCUCAUCACCGGCUGGAUCAGUCCGGAUGCCUGCGAGAAGUGGAGGAAAUCAAAAGACUUCGCAGAAGCAGCGGCAAGGGUUGCUCCCGUACUAGACGGCGAGCCCGUAGCAUACCUACUCAAAUUCAAGCCUUACGCACCACACGCCGUCAUCAACUCCCCCAUCGUCGAGACCCUCAGCUUCGAAGACUGCCGGGAACCCGAGAACAAGAUGCGCGAGGUGGUCGAGAGGGCAUCCCGGAUGCCGGGCUGCAACGGCGUGGCGAGCGGGUAUUCCCUGUGCCCGCCAACCUCGUCCUCCGGCGACAGCAUCGGCAGAACGUUUGUCGCGGCCGUCGGGUGGACGGGGCUCGAGGCCAGUCGGGCGGCGGACAAGUCGGCGUACACGGGUGGUAUGAAAACCGAAGUCCACCACGUCAACUUCAAUUUUCCUGUCAAAGGGUUUGGAGGAUUAUAG